AUGACUACAGCAACAGGCAUCGUCAAUGUCGCCCCAGGCCGCGCAGAGAUCAAACAGAUCCCAGUUCCCGAGCUUGAACCUGGCUUCAUCCGAGUCAAACCCACCGCAUGGGCCCUUAAUCCCGACGAUGUCUACCAUCUAGACCUAGAAGAGGAGGGAGAAAUCUGUGCUGGCUUGCCUGUUGGGUCAGAUUACGCUGGAACGGUCGUUGAAGUUGGGCCAGGAAUUGCUCGUGACUUUAAAAUUGGAGAUCGUGUUGCUGGGGUCAUUUCGGGACAGAAUAUUUUGCGGAGGCAGGAUGGAGCUUUCGCGGACUUGAUCCACGUCAAGGGCGACAUUCAGAUGAAGAUACCUGAGAACCUCAGCGACGUGGAUGCUGCGACGCAGGGUAUAGCGCUCAUAACUAUGGGCGUUGGCUUGUAUCAGACAUUAAAAAUUCCUCUUCCAGAUGCACGCCCCGAACAACCGUAUUAUGUCUUCAUUUAUGGCGGCAGUACAGCCAUGGGUAUUUCGGCUGUUCAGUUUGCAAAACUAUCCGGUGCAACGGUGAUAACGACCUCGUCACCCUCCAACGCCGAAUACGUCAAGUCCUUGGGCGCCGACCAUGUAUUGGAUUACAAAUCCACUACUCUUGCCGAUGACAUUCUGCGCUUGGCCGACGGGCCAGUUAAAUUCGUUUUCGAUACCUACCCAAGCAAAUCCAGCACAGCCCUUGCUGCAUCAAUUAUGCACAAGUCCGCGGAAGCGAGAUACGUCGCUCUCGUUCCCGGUUUCGAAGAUGACGUCCAGCGUCUGAACCCUCAUGUAGUGGCUAGAUCUAUCCUUGCGUAUUCUGCUUUUGGCGAACCUUGGAUGUAUGAGAAGAAGUUUUUCGACGCUGUGCCAGAAGAUUUUGAGUUUCAGAAGGAUUUUGUGAAGAUGGCUGAGAAGUACUUUGCAGACGGGUCGGUCAAGCCACCCAGAGUUUAUCUCAAUAGAGGAGCUAGUGGGUUACCGGGUAUCUUAUGUGGAUUGGAAGAACUUAGGGAGGGCAGGGUCAGUGGUGGAAAACUUGUGUAUACCCGCGAACGUGAAGCGGCUUGA